AUGGAUGGAAGAGACCUUAGCGUCACGGUAAUUAAUGAUGAAUUUACCUGUUUCUUCCUAGAGAACAACACGAACGACGACAGUUUUCCAGCGACCGAUGUCGAAGAUAGUUUGAGCGGCGAAUCCAUGGGAAGUCUGUAUUUAAUGUACGUCUCGAGGUCAGCAAUUUCCUAUUCGGAGGGAGGAGCGAGUGAUGUUGCGGAUACGGUUAGAGAAGGGAGUUUGGAAGAGCGAUAUAGGGAGAAGGUUCUGAGGAGAGAAAUAGUGCCCCGAAUCGAGAAACAAGUUGGAGUCGACCGCACUGAACUCAACUCGCCGGAAAGCAGAGCCGGAGUUCAUCGUCGGCAACCAGAAUCACCAAAUCCAGUUUGUGAAUAG